ACGGAAUGGGGUUGUAGACGUGUGCAAUGCGCCUCACAUCCAUCCAAGACAUUGAUUAUAAUCGGGAACAGUUUGCCCUUAUCAAUAGCCUCCUUUGAACAGUGGGUUACACAUUCAUUGGACUCCAUAGAAAGCAGUCAUAUUUUCCAUUUGCAUUGAGCCUGUCCAUCUGCGUGAAAGGAACCAUGAGGUGUUUACAGGUGUCCAACCAAGACCUGGAAGAAAGGAUCCCUUCCUAUGAGGAACUGGAAAAGCUGGAGAAUGAGGAGGCUGGGGACAGACCCAAAUGGGACAACAAGGCCCAGUACAUGCUGACUAUCGUAGGUUUCUGUGUGGGACUGGGGAACGUCUGGCGCUUCCCGUACCUUUGCCAGAGCCAUGGGGGAGGUGCAUUCAUGAUUCCUUUCCUGAUCCUACUGGUUCUAGAAGGUGUUCCCCUGCUCCAUCUGGAGUUUGCUAUUGGUCAACGUCUAAGGAAAGGCAGUGUAGGUGUCUGGUCUUCCAUCCAUCCAUACUUAACUGGCAUUGGCAUUGGAUCCAUGUGUGUGUCCUUUCUGGUCAGCCUGUACUACAACACCAUCAUGGCCUGGGUGAUGUGGUACUUCUUUAACUCCUUCCAAGAGACGCUGCCUUGGAGCCAAUGUCCAGUCAAUGCCAACAUGACAGGCCUGGUGUCAGAGUGUGAAAGAAGCUCUCCAGUGGAUUACUAUUGGUACAGAGAGACCCUGAACACCACCCCAGACAUAGAUAACACAGGUGGGCUACAGUGGUGGAUGGUCCUAUGCCAUGUGUCUGCCUGGGCGUUGCUGUUUAUCUGCAUAAGUCGAGGCAUUGAGACCACUGGGAAGGCUGUGUAUAUCACCUCAACAUUACCUUAUGUGGUGCUGACCAUCUUUCUGAUCAGAGGCUUGACCUUGAAAGGCUCUGUGAAUGGAGUGAAGUUCCUCUUCACCCCAGAUGUGAGUAGCUUACAUUACUAUCAUCGAACAAAAGUAUUUAUUCAAAGUAUAUGGUAUUGUCACAAUUAUGAGUGAAGAGGUGUGGAGUCA